GACCAAUUACCUGAGACUUCUUAUAUAGCAGUCAGAUCAGAUCCAAGGUUCCAGAUUAUCACGGUCAUGACAGUCAAUAAGACCAAAAGGAAUAGAAAUGGUUCUACUAAUCGUCCUCGUGAAGUUUGUAGUACUACUGACACUUUGUGAGGCGAUGACUAUGAAACAAAUUAAGAACACAGGGAAAAUGAUGAGGAAAACAUGCAUGCCAAAAAACAAUGUUGAAGAAGAGAAAGUGGACAAGCUUGGCCAAGGAAUAUUCAUAGAAGAGAAAGAAGUAAUGUGCUACAUGGCAUGUAUUAUGAAAAUGGCGAAUACUAUGAAAAACGGCAAACUAAGCUACGACGCGGCGAUGAAGCAAGCUGACUUGUUGUUGCCGGAGGAGAUAAAAGAACCAGCAAAGGCUGCUCUGACUGCAUGCAAAAAAGUCCCUGAUGCGUACAAGGACGUCUGCGAAGCAUCGUUUCACGUCACCAAGUGUAUUUAUAAAGAGAAUCCUGAUAUUUUUUACUUCCCAUAAUAUAAUCUUAAUACUUA